CCGCAGCCUAAAAAAUGCUCAGUUGGACCGUAGCAAAAAUGGCUGCAAGGCAUUUAAGCCUUAUUUUAGCGCUACUCGUAAUCUAUGAUUUAAUUCCUGUUAAUCAAGGAGUGGAAAUUAAUCCAACGAUCAUAAGGCAGGUGAGAAAACUGCGAAUGCGAUGCAUAAAUCAGACAGGAGUUUCCGUUGAAACCUUAGACAAGUCGGUGAAAAAUAGAAUACUACCCGCAGAGCCUGAUUUCAAAUGUUUUCUCUACUGCAUGUUUGAUAUGUUCGGAUUGAUUGACUCACAAAACAUCAUGCACUUGGAAGCGCUGUUGGAAGUUUUACCCGAGGAAAUACACAAAACUAUUAACGGAUUGGUCGGUGCAUGUGGUACUCAGAAGGGAAAAGAUGGCUGUGAUACCGCUUAUGAAACCGUCAAAUGCUACAUCGCUACAAACGGCAAAUUCAUAUGGGAAGAGAUAAUAGUGCUAAUUGGGUAGCGCUAACCCACCUGAAUAUAUCCCGAUCCACGAUUCCCAAGAGCAGCAAGCAGCGCAGGUUGCGCAGCGCCUCGAUCUGAACGCGCACCAUCUGGGCCUGCCAAAGAGAUCCCCGUCAAUAAAAUCACUUUCUCCAAAGCGCA